AUGACGUCCAACAUUGUAGAUAUGGAUGCUGUUAAAGGAGCUGGUGAUAUUGCAAUAAAAGUUGUUGAUAUUGUAGCUCCAUAUAUUCCAUUAUUUGAUAUAGCAACAAAAUUGAUUAAAGAAAUUAUUGAAAUUCAUGAUGCUGCGCAAUAUAAUAAACAUAUAUGUGCUAGGUUAAUGGAACGUGUGAUUGAUGCCCGAGGAGCUAUUGAAAAAUUAACAAGAACAAAACAACAUAAUGAAAAAAAAUUUAAAGAUAAAAAGUUUUAUAAUACUUUUCAAAAAUUUACAAAUAUUUUGGAAGAAAUUAAGGGAUUCGAAGAUAAAUUAUCAAAGAUGGGAAAUUUUAAAAAGACUCUUGAAGCAAAUUUAAUUAAACAAAGGUUUAUGAAUCUAACAGAAGAGUUUGAUACAACAAUGAAGGAUUUGAGUUUCAGUAUGAUGAUUGAUUAUGAAGAACAAAGAAAAGAAGAUUUUAAAAGUUUAAAAGAAGAUAAUGAAGAAAUGGAAAAGGUCAAUAUAUAA